UAGGGAGAAGGGAAGGGGGAUAUCGUUCGGCAGUAACUCACGCACACCCAUUCCAUCUCUUCCUCACGGCCGGCCUCUUGGAGACCUCACCGAUUCUCCCCUAUAUCUCUCCAUCCACCGCUGCACACUCCAUCUCCGAUUCCUCUUCGCUACUUUUAUCUUCAUCCUCAACCGACACCCCCAAGGGAUUCUCGACCGCCAUUCUCAAACACUCGUCAGCUUCCGCCACACGAUCCUUGCCAUCCCCUUUUUCUUAUUCACUGUUCCACCACACACGGGAUGACCGUCGCAUAAAGUUUUUCUUGGCCUUGAUAGACUACUCAUUCUCUGGCCCUUCUUCCUCGGCAGCUCGCAUCCUUCUCUGAGGAAACUCUCUUUUGAGCCGACAGUAUACGCCCUUCACCUGAAGGAGAAGAGUCGCCGGAAAAUCAAGACGAGAAAAAAACUUUGUUCACCAGGGGCUUCCGAGAUAAAAUUUUCAAUAUUUUUUAAUUUUAAGUUGUCAUCAACAUCUGUCUCGAAAUUGCAUACCAGCAGUUUUGCAGGAGAGCGAAACAUGCCUCGUACGACAGCAUUGGAGUGCCCUGGUUGCCCUCCUCUUCGAGCCCUAACCUUCGAUGCUCUCGGUCUCAUCAAAGUUAUUGAAGCACGUGGUAAGGAAGGAGGGGUCCCUAAGGUGGUAGAGAAGUGGGGUGAUCCUGACGCUUCCAAGUCCCUGCUUGCAGCUUCCAUUGACGACCGCAAAACUGAACCGUUGUUGGCUGUGGCAAGAAAAAGUGGAGCAGUUGAGAUACUUAAUCCUGUUAGUGGUGAACUUUGUUGUGCAGUCACCAAUGGUGGUGAUGCUAAUGUUAGACCUGAUGAUGAUGCCAUAGUUGGUUUGCAUUUAUUCAGGAAAAACAGAAUGGAUUCAGCAUCAAGGUCAUGCAUCUUGUUUACGUGUACAACAAAAGGCAAUGCAAGUGUGAGAUCUUUUGAAAUUACAAAUUCUCCAACAGAUUCUGGUUCUUCAAAAACAUGGAAAGUGUCUGCCUCUGGAAAUAUCUUGUGUUCUCAAGUUGAUGGAAGUGAAAACUAUUCUUUAUUUGGAGGGAAAAAUGUUGAAGUUAAUAUGUGGGAUCUUAAAGAGGGUACCAAGAUCUGGACUGCAAAACCUCCUCCUAAGAACAGUCUUGGUAUUUUUACCCCCACUUGCUUUACAUCUGUAGCAUUCCUUAGCAAAGAUGAUCACCGUAAAUUUGUGGCUGGCACCAACAACCAUCAGGUACGCCUCUAUGAUAUUUCUGCUCAGAGGAGACCUGUUAUAUCAUUUGAUUUUCGGGAAACUCCAAUAAAAGCAGUCACUGAAGAUCUAGAUGGACAUACAGUCUAUAUUGGGAAUGGGUGUGGUGACCUUGCUUCAGUGGAUAUACGUACAGGGAAAUUGUUAGGGUGCUUUUUGGGAAAAUGUUCAGGAAGUAUCAGAUCAAUUGCCAGACACCCUGAACAUCCUGUGAUUGCUUCAUGUGGUCUAGACAGCUAUUUGCGCAUUUGGGAUAUAAAAACAAGGCAACUUCUUUCAGCAGUUUUCUUGAAGCAGCAUCUUACCAAGGUUGUUUUUGAUACCAAUUUCACUGAAGAAGAGAUUGUCCACCCUGUAACCAAUUCACAAGUUCGUGAAUCAGAGAUUGGCAUUGAGAUGCAAACUUUGGAUGAUGAAGAAAAACCACCUGUGAAAAGAAAGAAAUCAUCUAAAGAAAAAGAAAGCAAAAAUAAGGUGGUAAACAAAGAUGGAGGAACCAAGAAGUCAAAAUCCAGGAAAAGAAGCAAAGGUGUAGAAGCUGAGAUUGCGGAUGAUGAGUAGCUAGAGAGGAUGCAUGGUUUUGUAUGCUAUGAGGGCUCGGGCCUGUCCUGGAUGUUGGUUGCAUUGUGACAGAACACAUGGAGCAAAAGGAGGUGGCAGUUACUGAAGAGCUGCUUUUUUAACAAGAGCUAUUAGUUAUGUGUUAUUGAAACAUAGCCUGGAGGGUCCUCCGCAAUUCAGCAAAAAUCAGUUUUGCCAUUACAUUCUAAUGUUGUUUCGUUCUUUGCUAUAUACAUGAAUGAGAUGAAAUUUUGUUAUGAAAACAUGAACUCUUCGCGUCUUUCCAAUUGAGGAGGAGCAUUAUCUGUUUAGUUGUCAAAGGCAUUUGUCGUCUCGACUUUUGGUCCUGGAAAGUGUACCCUUGUUCCAAGUAGGGAACGAUAAAAUGAAAAUUUGAAUUGAUCUGAUUCUGAUCAGUACAGGAACCGAAGAGCCAUUGCU